GGCUGCCAAUCCACCCAGAGGUGGCGCUCCCCCGCCAUCAGCCCGCCUGGGCGAUCAAAUCCAAUCGUACCCUGCUCGGUCAGCCCGCCCAGCUGCGCGCCGGGAGAGCGCACUGAAGGUAAGAAGGUGAGGUCCAGGUGCUCCCCGCUGUUCUGUCCGUUCCCUGGGCGCGUCGGGUCCCCCCCCAACAGCUCCGAAGCCAAGUCUGGGAGGUCGAGUCGCCUCCCCCUCCUCCCCCUCCAACCCACCCCCCUCGGUCCCCCAAGGCUCUCCUGCAUUUGAGCGGCGCUAGAACCCGACGUCCGUCAACGACACAAGCAGCCACCUCCGCGCCAGUCUCACUACUAACUUACCACUUACCUUCUGCAACGACCAGCCCGCCUCCCCCCUCUGACCGGCUCCCGUAGUCAACUUCACCACCACCGCUACUCCUGCCGCGCCGAUCGAUUCGCCCUCCACAAUCAUCGCGGACGCCGCAUUCGAAGGAGGCGGCGCUGAUCCGAACCACGCGGUGCAGGCCACGGCCCCAGCGCAUCUCGACAUUGCCUCGCCUUCCUCGUCAUCUCCCCCUCAAGCACGCAGGUAUCGAACACUCUUCCCGUCCUUAGCUACGCUAGGCGUGUUAUACUCGCCAUUGCCGACGGUCGAUUGCGGCUACAACACCACGCCUGACACGAUACCCACCAGCGCAUAUUGCCUGUCUCUAACUAGGCGCGAAACUCUCGCGUUGCGCCCGACGACCUGCAAAGCCGGAUCGCCCGCUUUCUGCGGCCUACUCACCCGAACACUGGUCAGACUGUACCUGAUCUAACGUCAUACCCACAGCUCUGCACCGACUCAGCGGUCUCACGCUCCCAAUCACAAGCUGGCAGGCAACAAGCGUCGCAGUCUCUCCUCAUCAGGAGGAAGCCUGCUGAAUAGGAUGUUUGGCGGUGGCUCCAAUUCCUCAGGAUCAAAAACCGAGAGCGACAUCAGGGGCGAGGGCAAGUCGCCCUCCCCGGACUCGAGCCCCGGCUCCAGCGCCGCAACUUCCAUCAAGACGACGGAUCAGGCUGCUAGCGGGGAGAAGCGUAGCGGCAACGGAAGCCCGCCCGGCCGGAACGACAAUGGCGCCAAUGCAGAUAAGAAGCGCAGGAGUAGUGGCGUUGGAAGCAAAGCCAGUAGUCUCCUCGCUUCGGCCAAGAACUCGCUGAGUUUCGGUCAGGGAGGCCGCGGCAAUUCAGACCUCAGCGCGCAGACGCCUCUACAAAAGCUUGGCAAGCAAGAUCCCGCCCUCGCUGUCCCCCAAGGCCAGCACAACAACUCUGCAGGCGAGUCCGUCCCAGGCCCUAAAUCCACUUUUCGCGUUGGCGUUUGGGAAGAUAGGAAUAAGAAAUGCCGGCGCACUAUGGAGGACACGCACGCUUUUCUCUACAACUUCCUCGAUACGCCCGAACCCGCAACGGAGGCCGGCGACAAGGCGGCUAAGACGGAAAAGGAUGCCGCUGAUACGGCCGAGCGUGAGAUUGUGCAGUCAGACAAUGGCUAUUUUGCCAUUUUUGAUGGGCAUGCCGGAACCUUCGCUGCCGACUGGUGCGGCAAGAAGCUGCAUAUUAUCCUAGAGGACAUGAUACGCAAGAACCCGAAUGUUGCGGUCCCGGAGCUCCUGGAUCAGACAUUCACAGCCGUCGACGCACAGCUUGAGAAGCUUCCCCUGAAAAACAGCGGUUGCACGGCCGCCAUAGCCGUAUUGCGCUGGGAGGACCGCGUCCCGAGCGACCGAUCGGUCACCGGGUCUCUUCCGAUUGCUCCGGCUGCCGCCGCUGCCGCUGCCAAGGCGGCGAACAAGGCGGCGGCCAAGGCUAACGAGCAUGCACAGUCGGAAAAGGACAAAGAGAAGGAGAAGGAGGCCACCACGACCGUAACGGAGGUUGACCCGAGACCUUCCACGGACGCUGCCCAUGCUAGGUUAAAGAGCUCGGCAAGCCGGCAGCGCGUCCUCUACACAGCUAACGUCGGCGACGCCCGCAUCAUACUGUGUCGUGGCGGCCGGGCCCUUCGGCUAUCAUACGACCACAAGGGCAGCGACGAGAAUGAAGGCAGAAGAAUCGCAAACGCUGGUGGCCUGAUCCUCAACAACCGUGUUAACGGUGUCCUGGCUGUAACGCGGGCCCUUGGCGACGCCUAUAUGAAGGAUCUCGUCACCGGCCACCCGUACACCACCGAGACGGUCAUUCAACCCGAUCUCGAUGAGUUCAUUAUUAUCGCGUGCGAUGGCCUUUGGGACGUUUGUAGUGACCAGGAAGCGGUCGAUCUGGUCCGGAAUAUGCAGGACCCCAUUGCAGCCUCCAAACUGCUCGUCGAUCAUGCGCUGAGCCGCUUCAGCACCGACAAUCUCUCGUGUAUGAUUGUUCGGUUCGACAAGGAAGCUGCAAGCCAGAAUCAGAGCUCCAAGGAGACGGGCGAGACGGCGGCAGCGUCUCUGGUCAGCGAAGCAGACAAAAUUGUCAUGGACACGAAGCAGAAGAUCGCCGACGGAAGCACCCCGCCGCUCGGAGUGUCGGCCAGCAACAGUGGUCGCGGGUACGACGCCGUUGGUUCUGAGGAAGCAGACUUUGUUCCGACGACGUUGGACGGGACACUGGAGGAGGAGCCUCAUUCGAUUGGCGAGGAAGACAGCCCGGAAGUUACGCCGAGUCCGGGCAAUGAUCCCGUUCACAAACAGGCAGCAGACUCGUAGCUGACGGGAGCCCAUGGCACGGCCCCCGUCCUGUGCGGGCGCAUUAGCGGAUUGAAUGACAGCAGAGCUAAACAUGACGUUGAUUCUCUCCUUGUUAGGACAGUUGCUUUUGCUGCGAAACGGCCGGGCUCGGCUACUUCUGGUGACCAGACUCGGUUGGUGCAUCUUGGGGCAAUCGAAGGUGCAGGUGUAAGCGGCCUGCGCCGCGGGCAGGCUACACGACCGCGAGUAGACGCCGCGAGAUGUCUGCACCAUGUGAGUAUCGCAUAGUGAGUCAACGGCUGAUCAUCGUAUUCAGCGAGGACGGGCAGAAAGACGAGGCCGGCCAUGGUGGCUCCCGCAACGGUGGCGGCGGCAACUAGGCACCUGUAUGUGUAUAUAUAGCUGUGCUCUUCAUGAGAAUGACCGCCGGGCAGUCAAAAGGGAUUACCCAAGGCGGCCAGUGUCCGUUUGUCUCUGCUUCAGCGGCGCCACGCUGCAAUUGAGACUGCAAUGUGUGGAGUAAGCCGUUCGGCAAUCUGUAACCAUUGAAGGAAGCCCUUUCGAGUUGGAGUGCCACUUUGACCUCCUCUCAAGGUGGUCACUGCUUGCAUGGACGGAGAUGGGUGACGUCGUGGCCCGAGUCAGGUCUCCAUGGAAGUUUUACAGGGGGCCACGGCGAUUGGAGUUGGUGGGGGGGAGGACUUGGACCUGUCAUCCAGUCCUGUGCGACGGUGAGGGCACGCGUGCUGUGCUUGAAGAUACGUAGGUAGUUGUAGGGCGCGCACAUGGGUCUCAUAGAUAGGUACUAGGUAGUUGCACAUGGCCAUACACUUUGGUGCGUAGGUAGCAAACGAGGUCUGCAGCCAAGGACUGCAGGCAGUGACGUGCUACGCUGAUUCGCAAACGACGCCCGGCGGCGGUGGCGGCGACGACGACGACGAUGAUGAAUCCGGGCGUUGGGGCAAGGGAG